AUGGCUCAUCCAUCACAAUUAGGAUUCCAAGACGCGGCCUCACCUGUAAUAGAAGAACUUCUCCACUUCCAUGACCACACACUAAUGAUUGUCUUCCUAAUCAGCACUCUAGUACUUUACAUUAUUGUGGCCAUGGUGUCAACUAAACUAACAAACAAAUAUGUACUGGACUCCCAAGAAAUUGAAAUUGUAUGAACAGUACUCCCAGCAGUAAUUUUAAUCUUAAUUGCCCUGCCCUCCCUUCGAAUUCUUUACCUAAUAGACGAGAUUAAUGACCCCCACCUGACAAUUAAAGCUAUGGGACACCAAUGAUACUGAAGUUAUGAGUAUACGGACUACGAAGACCUGGGCUUCGACUCCUACAUAAUCCCUACACAAGACCUCGCCCCAGGACAAUUCCGACUCCUAGAAGCAGACCAUCGAAUGGUAGUGCCCAUAGAAUCCCCAAUUCGAGUUCUAGUCUCCGCAGAAGACGUACUCCACUCCUGAGCAGUGCCAGCCCUGGGCAUCAAAAUAGACGCAGUACCCGGACGCCUAAACCAAACAGCCUUUAUUACCUCACGACCGGGGGUUUAUUAUGGCCAAUGUUCUGAAAUCUGCGGAGCUAACCACAGCUUUAUGCCAAUUGUAGUCGAAGCAGUCCCCCUAGAACACUUUGAAAACUGAUCUUCAUUAAUACUAGAAGAAUCCU